UUCUGUUUUCCCUUCAAAUCGACGAGACGACAGAUGUUACUAAUGAUGCGCAACUGUUAACAUUUGUGCGAUACGAGGACAGUGGCACUAUGUGCGAGGAAUUUCUUUUUUGCAAACCACUGCCCGGGCGAACUACCGGUGUAGAAAUAUUUAAAGCACUGGACGAUUUUUUCACGGAGCACAAUAUCUCGUGGCAGAGGUGCGUUGCAUUAUGCAGCGAUGGGGCCCGAGCCAUGAGUGGCAGCAAGACUGGACUGUUUGCGCAUGUAAGGAGGGUGGCUCCGGGGGUAAUUUGGACACACUGCCUGAUUCAUAGAGAGGCUCUCGCCUCCAAAGAUCUCAGUGUUGAGCUCAGUGGUGUGUUUGAUGUCGUUGUCAAGACGGUCAACUUCAUAAAACGAAACGCAUUGAAUACACGCCUGUUUUCAUCCCUAUGCCAUGACUUGGGAAGUGAACACAGCUCUCUCCUUUAUCAUUCAGAGGUGCGUUGGCUGUCUCGCGGCGCUGUGCUCGCCCGUGUGUUUGAACUACGCGGAGCUAUCUACGAGUUCUUGUGCGAGAAGCAUUCUGAUCUGGCUUCCAAUUUCAACGAUAGUUACUGGUUAACUAAGCUGGCGUACCUCACAGAUGUUUUUGCAGAGCUGAACAAGUUGAACAGCUCCAUGCAAGGGAGAGAUGCAAACGUCAUGCAGCUCUACGAGAAGCUCGACGCAUUUGUGAAAAAAAUGUCAAAGUGGAUCGAACGAGUGGAGAGCAAUAACUUGGCGAUGUUUCCUUCAGUUGAGGAAUACCCUGACAGCACUGACAUCAACGACACUAUAUGUGAGCAUUUGAGGAAGCUUGUGCGUCAAUUCGCAAAGUACUUCACUGAUUCGGAAGAGUGGCGCCGUGACAGCAAGUGGAUCCUGCUCCCAUUCAGUGACGAUGCAUCAGUAGGGUCAAGUCUGACGGCUGUGGAAGAGGAUAAGCUGAUUGAGAUGUCCACAGACUCUGUCAGGAGGCAUAUGUACGACACACAGCCCCUUGUUAAAUUCUGGAUAAGUUGCCAGACAGAAUUUCCACAGCUUGCUGCAAAAGCAAUGAGGUGUCUUUUGCCCUUUCCAACCACAUACCUGUGUGAGAGUGGUUUUUCUACACUGGCGUACUUAAAGAAUAAGUACAGGGAUCCAGAGAAUGACAUGAGACUGUCUCUGUCUACCAUUUCGCCACGAAUAGACAGGCUGUGUGGACUUCACCACGCCCAGAUAUCACACUGACAGCAGGUGAUUGGUGACAGGUCUGUCCUGGCUGGGUUAUAAAAGCCCUGACCAGCCAGCAGUUGAGGCUGCCUUGGUCUUCAUUUGUUGGAUUUUGGUUCUCCGGUGUUGUUGGAUUUUUGUUCUCCGUUGUUGUUUUGUCACACACCUAGACUGACUUUGCAUGACAUUUUUAGUUACUUUUCCCAAUACUGAAUUGCACAACACUUUAUUAUUCUUUAUUCUUUCUUUAAAAUAAUCUUUAAUUUAAUUUAAUUUAAUAAAUCUACUUUUAUUAUUAUAAAAUCUGCGU